GCCACCAGCCGUCACGAAGCGAGAGCGUCCAGCGCCGCGCCGCGAGAGACCCGCCACGAAGAGAGAGCGACUUCCCUGAGACGCGCCGCUCUCGCCGAGGUACGCGACGCGCAGCCCUGCAGGAGCCGCUCCACGGCGCGGGAGACCCGAAGAGGAGGUGCGCGCGCACGUUGGGAAGCUGCGCUUAGGCGGCGGAGCGCGCGACCACCGCCGCUCUCCUCCGACCUUGCCGCGGACCGGCAGAUCCUUUACUCACCCUCGCUCGCGCGCAUGCCUAGCCGCGCACCGCGCGCACCCGCUCGCCUCCGCACACCUUGGCGAACGUGACAUACGUGGAUCCUCCCGCAUAUCGGGCAAACCGGUAUCUAAACGAGCCACGCGGGUGCGUAGGUGUUCCGGCAAACUUGGCCACGGAGAGACGCAUACAAAGAGGCGGAAACGCGCUUCAAAGCGGCCCCCCGGGGGAGGCGGAAACGCGGAGGUGAGCGCACUCACCGAGCCGGCCGAUUCGAAGAUUUAAACCGGAGCAUGACGUGAAGCGUUUUCGAGGUGCUGCUGACCGAACGACUUGCCUAGGUGGACCGAGGUACUUGUCAAACAGGAGUAGCUGCUGACCGCAGAAAAAGCCAAGAUGUACAAGCUCCUAGGAGGUUUCGCACACUACCUGAAAUGGCAGGAUGUGACCACGGAUUCCAUGGUGUUCCGGAUGCACAAUCUGUUCACCACGGUACUGCUGUUAACGUGUUCCGUUAUCAUCACGGCUACUCAAUACGUUGGGAAUCCGAUUUCCUGUAUCGUCCAGGGCUUGCCUACACACGCCAUCAAUACCUACUGCUGGAUAACGUCGACAUUCACGAUGCCGGAUGCGUUUAAUCGCCAGAUCGGCGUGGAGGUCGCCCACCCUGGCGUCGCCAACGACUUCGGGGACUUUGACGCGAGGAAAUACUACACCUACUACCAGUGGGUCUGCUUCGUGCUCUUCUUCCAAGCAAUGCUCUGUUAUGUACCCCAUUGGCUGUGGAACGCGUGGGAGGGCAGUCUGAUCAGCACUUUGGUGAUGGGUCUGAACCACGGCUUGAAUAAGGAAGAUGUCGUCUCUAAGAAGAAGGGUGUUCUGAUGGACUACCUAAUGAGUCAUAUCAAGAGACAUAACACAUAUGUAUAUCGGUACUUCGUCUGCGAGGUGCUCUGCCUGGUGAACAUCCUCACUCAGCUGUACCUGAUGAACCGCUUCUUCGACGGGGAAUUCCUGAGCUAUGGACUGCGCGUCGUCCAGUUCUCCGACGUUCCCCAGGAGGAACGCGUCGACCCCAUGGUCUACGUCUUCCCACGGGUCACCAAGUGCAUCUUUCACAAGUACGGAGCGUCCGGGACGAUCCAGAAGCACGACUCCCUCUGCAUUCUACCGCUGAACAUCGUCAACGAGAAGACCUACAUCUUCAUCUGGUUCUGGUUCGUCAUCUUGUCCUUCCUCCUGGUGGGCCUGAUGCUCUACAGAGCAGCCAUAAUCUUCCUACCAGUGAUGAGACCUAGACUUCUGCAGCUGUCGGCUCGGGUCCUCUCCAUCGAGACUUGUCGUAGCAUCAGCAAGAAGCUCGACCUCGGGGACUGGUGGAUCCUUUACGUCCUCUCCGGGAACAUGGACUCGCUCAUAUACCGCGACAUGCUUCAAGAGCUGACCAAGAAAAUGGGCAGUGGUUCCAACUCCCAGGCAGUGAACGCCUAGACGCAAUUUAGGAUGCUCCCUUAGCCGAUCUUCGGUUGCAAUUUGUUAAGGGUGGACGCGAUAGAGUCCGGUCAGUCGCGGAAAACGAUCGCGAUCGGACUCGUCAUCGUAGCUUUAGACAAAAAUAUCAGUACAUACGUGUGCCUUCUCGUAUGUAUGUAACGUUACUUUUGACAUACAGGCUAGCCUGUAUGUGUAUGAUGCGCUGUUGAAAGCAACCACAUUUCUUAGUACAACCUCUUCGUGUUGUAUUAAUUUUAAUGCGGUCUCUUUUAACAGCAGGUACACGCAUCGAUACGCACAAACGCGUCGAUAUUACAGUAUAGAUAAGUCUUAGGGAUUUUCUACUUAGGACAAUCGUCAUUCCAUUACCGCGAUGUAGAGAAUCGCGACUUCUCGAUGCUGAAUGGUCUAUGUCUCUGCUCAAGGCAUUUUUUGUAUCUCGUUUGUAUUACCUUCGACUGCGACGGCUCGACCACUCCCAUCCUCGAGCUGAUUAUCAAUCCGUGGCGUCGACGGCUGAAGAAGACUGAAACAAUGUGAACGUCCGCGCCUCGAAUAAUGAAUUUCUUUAUAUAUAUAUAUAUACACAUUGUUUAUCCACAAUUUAUCGGCGUACGGAGGCUCGCGUGUCUUCCAUGUAAGAUUUGAGUGCGCGACGUGUCUCUAGCGGAAUCUCGUUACAAGACGAUCUACGCGCUUACCGACCUUUCCAUUUGUGAUCUGUAUUAGUGCAGCUUCCGUAGCACUCUUUAGUGUAGGACUUGUACUGGUUUGCGAGAUUCGGAGAAAAAAUGCGCUGCCGUGCUGGGGGCCCAGAGGCUCUAAAAUGUGGCCUUAUUCGCUCCCUUAACUUAGGACCAGGAAACACUCCACCUAAUUCUAAGCUCUGUACCGUUACACUUUUGGGACGAUUAAAUCAAUCGGACUUUUCGGGA